ACUGAUGAUGGAGUGCGCACGAGAGAAUUGGGAAUUUAUAAGAAUGGGGGGAAAAUUGAAAACAAUCACUGCAAUUAUUUUGAGUCUGUGUUAUUUUUUUCUUUAUUUAUUUAUUUUUUUUGCUUCAUACAACGUGAGAAAGAGACCACGAGAGAGAAAUUUUUGUGGGAAUGAGAAAAGAGAGAUUUUUCUUUGGGAUCCCCCCACAAAAAGCCCCCCUAUAAGAGAUUGAAUUGAGUGAAACGCGCGCCAAGUCUCAAGGUGAAAGGUCGCAUCAUAUUAUCACGAGCUUGGGCUGGCGAUAAAGCAAAAGAGAAUUGUGUGUAGUGUAUUAGCGUUAAAUGAAUCAAUGAGUCUCAAUCGUCAGUGUCUUUUUGUGCGCCGUGGCCAAAACACUCCAGUUGUGACUUCGUAACUUCCCAGUGAUGAUUGGAAAAUUAGUGAUUUUGUCCCUGUGCUCAGUGAUAGCAAGUGCAGGACCGGUAGUGAAGGAUUUAAGAUGGAUUCGGGAUACACAGCAACUCCUCGAUGAGGAUUUCAAUUUGUGCCAGAAAUUUGAUAUAGGCAACUCCACAGUUAAUCUCGAGGGUCAGAUUAGUGUUCUCUUCAAGUGCAUCUCCUGACAAUUUUGUCUUCGACAGAUUUCUAUGUUGAAUGAACUUAGAAAUCGGUUCGAAGACGCUGGAUUCAAAUCAAUUCAUUUUGUGGGAAUUAGUGGAGGCAAUAUCUCAUCUGUUGACUUCUACGUCGUUAAUAACAGCAUCAAAGAUAUACCAAUCAUUCACCAAUCUCAACACGAAAGUCUCGAAAGUAUGGGCAAAAAUCAAGUUUACGUCAUUGAUCACUGUUCGCGUCUCGUUUACAUCAUCGUUCCACCCUGGAGCUUCAUUCAAUACCCCUACGUCAAAGCCUCAAUCCUCUCAACAAUCUACGAUGCACCUUGUGGCUCCUGCAACAUAUCCUACAGAGAAAACCCCAUCCCAAUAAAUUCACCCGCCCAAACUUCUACAAAUCCGGAAGAUGUUGAAUCAGGCACUAAAACGAAUCUUAUUGAAGACUACAAUCAGGAAAACUCAACAUCAUUUCAGGAAUCAUCUGGCGAAGAAUCUCUAGAGACAACUUCAGAAUUUUCCACACAAAGGCAAGAAGACCCUGAGACUGAGAGAGAGAAUGAUGAGGGAUUCAUCAUUCCCAUUAAAGUCAUUCUUCCUGUGGAACAUAUUCAUCAUUUUGGAAAUCAAUCAACAUUCACAAAGUACAAUUAUAUCGUCCUUCGAACGGACAACACAACAUACCAUGGACAUUUAAAUUCUGACCGUGGAGAGAAGCUUACAAUUGACCAAAAUGCUGUCAAUGGUGGAGGAUACUACCCAACAGAGUACCAAGAAAUAACCACAACUCCUCCCCAGGAUAACUUUGAGGAGGAAAAUCUGAAGGAAUUUGAGGAAGAGAAAUUGAUCUUUGUCAAUGACAAACGCGAUCAAUAUCAGAAAGUCAAAACCUACAAGAUUCCAAGUGAUAAUGGGCAGGUUACAUUUGAUGAAGUUUCACCAGUGAUCGGGGAGUUUGAGGAAUUUGUGUCUGAAGUCAAUUCUACACAGGAUCUCAAACAAAUGGAUGAUCACUACGAGAAACUUUUACAGUGGCUCGAUUACACUUUGUAACUUUUUUUAAGAAAACUGUUUCAAUAGAAAAGGCAUCAGUUGAAUAAAAUAUAAAAUUGAUAUUUAAUAAGACACAAGUUAAUACAUUAUGAGUUAAAAAUAGAUUUGCAACCAAACAUUGGCUUUAAUACAAGACUUACAAUUGAA